AUGGAACGGAGACAAGGCGGUGGAGGCGGGGGCGGGAAGGACUCGGCCCCGUGUCCAGGCGGCAACGGAACCCAGAUCGGAACGGCCCAGCAGUUCACCGUGCUGUGCAACUCAAACGUGGGAGGAGACGUCAUAAACAGGACAGACGCCUUUGACUUCACAACAUGCGUGGAUAUCUGCUCGUCCUUCCAUCCAAAAUGCGAGGGUGUGUCGUUUGAUGGAUCCAAGUGCUUUCUGAGGAACAACCUGAACGACAGAACACGCCCGGCGAGGAGAUUCGAUGCUGCCAUCGGCACAUUCCCGGGCGCCAGUUCCAACUGCGCGACCCUGAGCGGCGCACAGCAAGUCUCGGGCACCAGCUUUGCCCCUAUGUGCGGCUUCAUCCUGGCCGGAUCCGACAUCAGCCAGAACUUCGCUCCCACUUUCCAGGACUGCAUGACGCAGUGCUCAAAGACGACGGGCUGCGCGGCGCUGUCGUUUGAUGCAAGCCAGAACCAAGGGUUCAAGAACUGCUACCUCAAGUCGGCGGUGACAGACAGCGCCAACGUGGCCCCGGAUUCAACCAUCGACUCUGCCAUGCUGUCUAAUGCCGCCCUCGCGCCAGCAGCGCCGGCUUCCCCCGCAGCCUCAUCACCAGCAGUCGCGCCCCCGCCCGCCCCAACUACUGCCGCCACUCCCGCACCUGCCCCCGUAGGCACAAGCGCGUCGGCGGUUGCUACGCCGCCAGCAGCAGAUCCUGGCAGCAGCGGUGGUGUGGUGUUCUUUACGCCUCCGGGUGGAUCACCCACUCCGGUUGCCACCACUCCAGUAGCGGCCACGCCUGCGCCUUCCACGCCCAUCAAUGCUGUACCGACAGCAGCAGAAACCUCUUCCCUCUUAUUACCACUACCGCUAGCGCCGUCGUCCAGCCAAGCCACAUUCCUGUUCCCCAGCAGCAUUACUGGCGCCUUUUCGGCACCUGUAGCCACCACGGAUGCCGCCGCCCUCGACAGCAGCGGGGCCACGAGCAACGCCUGGAUUGCCGCUCCGGUAGUGGGCAGCGUUGCGGCUCUGGCCCUGAUUGUGGUGUCUUUUAUCAUGCUGAAGAGGAGGCGGCGCCGCGGCAGCGACGACACGUCGUCCAGCGGCAGCGGCAGCAGCCGCCGCAACAUGACGCGCAGCUCGCCCGUCACCAAUCUCCUGUCGACUUGGCUGCCGGGCUCGCCGCGCCGCAAGAUGGGCAACUUCUCGCAGGUAACGGGCAAGCAGCCCAUGUCGCGCAACAGCAUCCGCGACAGCGUGCCUGCCAUCCUGCGGCCCGGCGGCGGCGGCGGCGGCAUGGAGAGGCUCGACGACAUUGAGGAGGACGGCGCCAACCGCGACAGCACCCCCGUCUACGGUCUCAAGAACGGCAAGGCCGAGCUAAGGAACAGCCUCAACGGGCUGGGUCAGAAUAGGUGGUCAUGA